UGUCCCAGCGCUCACUCUCUCUUUCUGUCUCACUCUCUGCGCUGCCCGCCUGAAUACAGUCUACAGCCGUGAGUGCUACUGAGUUACCACAGACAGACAGAGAGCAGACUGGCUGGUUGGACCAGCGCGUUUCCGAUACAACACUGCAUCAUUGUCUCAGAGCAGAGGGAAGGCAGACUUUAGCACAGGUACAUACUGGUCUUCACAGAUAGAGGCAGAAAUGUGGUUUAAAUUUGCAACAGUACUGCUGGUUUUGUCAGUUUUGGAGCAAGUGGUGGGAUUGGAUAAUAUCGAUGUUCAUGACAACCCGUCAGAGAAACCGGCAAGCCAGAAAGGACGGAUGUCUCUGCAGAACACAGCUGAGAUCCAGCACUGUCUGGUGAGUGCAGGAGACGUGGGCUGCGGUGUGUUUGAGUGUUUUGAGAACAACUCUUGUGAGAUCAGAGGCCUGCAGGAGAUCUGUCUGACCUUCCUACACAACGCCGGAAAGUUCGACUCCCAGGGUAAGUCGUUCAUCAAGGAUGCUCUGAAGUGCAUGGCCCACGGCUUGAGACACAAGUUCAGCUGCAUCAGCAGGAAGUGCCUGGCCAUUAAAGAGAUGGUGUUCCAGCUGCAGAGAGAGUGUUACCUCAGACACAACCUGUGUUCUGCAGCCAAGGAGAACGUUGCUGUCAUGGUGGAGAUGAUCCACUUCCAGGACCUCUUCCCUAAAGGGCCGUAUGUGGAGCUGGUCAACAUCCUACUGAGCUGUGGGGAGGAGGUGAAGGAGGUCUUAACCAGGAGCGUCCGGCUGCAGUGUGAGCAGAACUGGGGGGCUCUCUGUGACAGCCUGAGUGUCUGCUCUUCCCUCACCCCCCCUCCCGGCCAGGCCCCCUCCUCCCCCGACCACCGCCGCCACAGGUCCCCCCACUCCGAGCCAGACCACCCCAGACCCCCCCGACAGGGGGACAAGGACAAGCCCAGUAAAGGCGGCUUCAACGCCCACCCCCGCAGCCGCAGCCAGGGUCCCCGUCGACAGAGCCCCGAGGCUGGGGUGGUGGCGGAGCAGGAAGGCCCUGAGGCCACAGACAUCCGGAGGUGAAAGAGACAUUGGACCCUAACUAUCCAGAGCCCUCCCUGACUGUGUCACCAUCAUAGCCCCCUCCCCACACACACAUACACACACACAGACAUACACAUAGGCAGAUACUGUACAUGCAAGAACACACACAUCUACACACAUACACAGACUCACUCUCUCUUUCUCUCGCUCUCUCCGUCCUCUAUCCCUCUCUCCCCCUCUCCUCUCCAGUCAUUCCAGAAGUCCCAAAUGGUACAUUUGCAGGGUAAUGUGGUGUAGCUCAUUCAGUUACUCCAGAUUGUAGUCCACGAUGUUGUUUCUGUUUAUUAUUGAAUAAUAAUAAGUAUUAUUAUCCUGAUUUUUAUUUGAAGUGUUAGGGCUUUUUGGGCUCUAAUAUAGCGUUUCUCAAAUCAUACUCACUGUAACAUCUGAUUAUGUUGUAUUAUUUAUUUUAUUCUUUAUGCAAUGUUUAAAUAUCCAAAUGUACAUAGAAAUAUACGUAUCUAUAUUUAUACAGUACGAACAUGUAUAAAUAUAGUCACCAUAUAAGAUUAUAGUACAUGGUGUGUUCUGUUGUAUACCACACCAGACUCCAUCACCACCCAUCUGUAGAUAUAUAACAUACAGCAUUGUUGUUUCAAAGUGGGAAUGUGUUGUUAGUAUUAUAAUUCUAGAUACUUGAUGAUUAAAUACAAACUGUACAGGUUUUGAAGUCCAGUUUUGGCACAUAUAGCUUGUAGUGCAUGAGGUUGGGUUACCAUGGCAAAGUAAACAAACUGGUACAUUCUCUAAUGGCCAGCUUCCAUCGUUAGGAUUCCUACUAUUAGGGCGCCCAGGACACAGCGUCUGUCUGUAGCAGCACAUCCAUAGUGUGUCUCAAAUAGCACCCUAUUCCCUACAGAGUGCACUGCUUUUGACCAGGGCCGUAUGGGCCAAUUGGGAUGCAGACAAAGCGUAGUUCUCUCAGAAAACCCUCCUCUGAUCUCAGCUAAUGUGCUAAUGCAUCCAGGUGCCUCAACAUGCUGGUUCCAUCUGUAGUGACUCCUCUCUGUGAGGCUGAGGUUUACUAGAGUGCACUCAACUGGGGUGACAAUGUCGUACAGUAAGUAGCACUAGAACGAUUCAAAGGUGAUUUUCAAUUGAUUCGGUUUAAAGAUUAAUUAUAGAAACUUUUAUUGGACUCUUAGGUACAAACGUUUCUGUUGUUGUGGGAACAGACUCGCAGACAUUCAUACAGACAGCCCUACAGACACACUACAGACAGUCCUACAGACACUCUACAGUCAGUCCUACAGACACGCUACAGACACGCUACAGGCAGUCCUACAGACCGUCCUACAGACACGCUACAGACAGUCCUACAGAAACGCAGUAGACAGUCCUACAGACACGCUACAGACAGUCCCACAGACACGCUACAGACAGUCCUACAGACACGCUACAGGCAGUCCUACAGACACGCUACAGACAGUCCUACAGAAACGCAGUAGACAGUCCUACAGACACACUACAGACAGUCCCACAGACACGCUACAGACAGUCCUACAGACACGCUACAGACAGUCCUACAGAGACGCUACAGAAUGUCUUACAGACACGCUACAGACAGUCCUACCGACACGCUACAGACAGUCCUACAGAGACGCUACAGACUGUCCUACAGACAUGCUACAGACGCGCUGCAGACAGUCCUACAGACAGUCCUACAGACAUGCUACAGACAGUCCUACAUACACGCUACAGUCAGUCCUACAGACACGCUACAGACAGUCCUACAGACAGUCCUACAGACACGCUACAGACAGUCCUACAGACACGCUACAGACAGUCCUACAUACACGCUACAGACGCGCUGCAGACAGUCCUACAGACAGUCCUACAGACACACUACAGACAGUAGCACCCCUGUAACUGCAUCUCAGCAAGCAUCACUAGUGUGAUUGAUUGAUUGAUUGAUUGAUUAGUAUGAUUGAUUGAUUGAUUAGUAUGAUUGAUUGAUUGAUUAGUAUGAU